UGCUGGGAUUAUAGGUGUGAGCCACUGUGCCCAGCCAACUCCUGCAGUUUUAAGUCCAGGUAACCUCAGGAGCAGGGUAGACCACCUGGGAGGUGGCUUAGAGGCUGCCCCCAUCCCACCUGAACAUGGUCUCAAGCCUCUUCUGUACUCCCAGAGCUGGAAGUCCUUUAAGCCAGGCCUGCUUCUUUAUCAGGUGGCUUUGCUACCAAGAGCCAGCCCUGGACUUGAGCACUGGGGACACUGCCAGAGUCUUCUCUUGGUCUUUUGUUGACCUGGUUCAUAGGGAGGCAGUGGCAGAGAAGAGACCCUUCCUGGCCAGCCAGGCUCCAGAAUGAAGGGAAGGAAAGAAGUCAGGCUGAGCCCCUGAAGCUGCUGUGUCACCAGAGCUGAGGCCUGCAGACUUUCAGGGGUUCCUCAGUGAUAUGAGUUGGGGGAGCAGGUGCUGCCUCACAACCAGCUCUGCCCCACCUGCCCCAGCCACAGUUUCCUCUCAUCUCCAUCCAAUGGAGUUGUCUAGCUUACAGGGCUUGGGAAUGGCUGAAGGCAUGGCCUCCGUUCCUCUCUGGUCUUUCAUCACCCUCUCCACCUUCACACACUGGGAUCUUCCCAGCCCCCCUUUCACCUGAGACCCCCGACCCACUGCCCACGAUUGGACCUGUGGUGAGUGCCCCUCUCAUCUGGAAUGACCAUGUUCCAGAAGUAGGGGCUAGAAGGGGAACCUGGCUGACCCCUGGUUCCUGUGAAAGAGGCCAGGAGCUGGUUUCUUUCUCUUACACUGCUCCUUCCCAUCAUGACAGCCAUGGGUGCCACUUAUCUCUGCCAGACUGGUCUCUCCACACCUGGGAAUGAGUCCUGUGCCUCCUGGGAGAAUCCUGUUGAUAAGUAUCUUGCAGGAGAACAUCCUAGAGACGUGCGAUACAACAUCCCCGUGUCCUCUGCCUCCCUCUCGGCCAUCAAGAGCCUGGGCCUCAAGAGCAUCUGCUGCAUCAGCCUGACCAACCUGGAUGGCUCUCCAGCUUCACACCAGGUGCUACAAUAUGUUGCCUGCCACCUGGGCCCGCACCUGCAGAGCUUGUCCCUGGGUGGGGGGAGCCCCACGGAGGCCUCCUUUGUAGACCUGAUCCUGGGCUGCCCGACCCUGCGUGUCCUUGACCUCAGUGGCUGCAAUAGCCUCUUCACCUCGGGCACACUGCUGGCUCAGCCUGAGACAGCACAUAGUGUCCGGCAGACCUUGAGUGGCCUCCAUGAGCUCAACCUGGCUGGCCUGCGGGACCUGGCUGACCUCAGCUUCAACCGGCUCAGCAGCUGUGCCCCCAGCCUGGAGCGCCUCUCCUUGGCCUACUGCCACCUCACCUUCGAGCCAGACCCAUCCCGAGGCUGCAUCAGCCCCCAGGACUUCUCUCCCUCUCAGUUCUCCUUCCACAACCUGCUGCGAUUUGUGCAGGAGCGGGCUGGCAGGCUGCAUGCCCUGGACUUGAGUGGCACUGGCUUGCCACCCAAGGCCCUUCGGGCCCUGGGCCAGGUAGCUGGGCUGCAACUGCAGGAGCUGAGCCUGCACAGCUGCCGGAACCUCUCCACGGAGGCCGUGGCCAGCCUCUGCCUCCAGCAACCAGGCCUUACCUCCCUGGACCUCAGCGGCUGCUCAGAACUGACUGAUGGGGCACUCUUGGCUGUGAGCCGGGGCCUGCGGCACCUGCGGCGCCUGAGCCUGGGGAAGCUGCAGCGGCUGACAGAUGUAGGAUGUACAGCUCUGGGUGACCUGCGGGAGCUGCAGAGCCUCGACAUGGCUGAGUGCUGCCUGGUGAGAGGGCAGGAACUGGCCCGGGCCCUGGGCUCUGUGCAUGGGGCUCCACCACAGCUGGCCUCCCUGAGCCUGGCCCACUGCUCUUCGCUGAAGGACACCUCAGUGCUCUCCAUGAUCCCAGCGCUGGGCCCAAGCCUCAGGGUGCUAGACUUGUCCUCCUGUGUGGCCCUCACCAACCGGACCCUGCAGGCCAUCUUCACAUACCUCACCCACCUCUCAGUCCUGCGCCUGGCUUGGUGCAAGGAGCUCUGUGACUGGGGGCUUCUGGGGCUGGGGGAGCCUGUGCACAGGACCCAGCCACACGCAGAGCUGGAGCAUCAGGCCUCAGGCACCAAGGACCCUGAUCCCGAGCCACAGGGCCCCUCCCUGCUCAUGCUUCAGGCCCUGCAGGAGUUGGACCUCACAGCCUGCAGCAAGCUGACUGAUGCCAGUUUAGCCAAGGUGCUCCAGUUCCCCCAAUUGAAGCAGUUGUCCCUGAGCCUGUUGCCAGCACUCACAGACGAGGGCUUGGUGGCUGUGGCCAGGGGCUGUCCCAGCCUGGAGCGCCUGGUACUGAGUCACUGCAUCCGCCUCAGUGACAAGGGCUGGGCCCAGGCAGCCAGCUUCUGGCCAAGGCUGCAGCACCUCAACCUGUCCAGCUGCAGUCAGCUCACAGAGCAGACACUGGAUGCCAUUGGACAGGCGUGCAGGCAGCUCCGGGUGUUGGAUGUGGCCAUGUGCCCUGGCAUCAACAUGGCCGCUGUCAGGCGCUUCCAGGCCCAGAUGCCCCAGGUGUCCUGUGUCCGGUCCCGCUUUGUGGGAGGGGCUGACCUGACCCUAACACUCUGAGGCCAGGUCAGUAACUAGCCCUGCAGCUCAGCCUCCUUGACUCCCCAAGUCCCCAGUCCCGGCCUUGAGCCAGGUUGCCUCCAUUGAGGACUGGGGGUGGGGCCAAUCCAGGGCAGCCCAGGGAACUUCCUGCUGCACAGCCUGGCAGCAGCCUCUUUCCAGCCACACAGUCACUGCCACAGGCUCCUGCUCUCUGGCCAGGCCCCCAGCGGGCGGAGUCUGGUGCUGGGAGGAGCACACCCUGUGUCUCUUGCCUGCCCUCUUCUCAGACCUAAGGCCUGGCUCCACCUAUUCCUGUGGGACUCUUACCCGCCCCACCCCAGUGUACACUGAGCUUCAGCAGCUGAGCUCAGGUCUGUGGUGUAAACCCUAAGAUUAAACAUUCCAGAUAGUACCUUCUUGUCUUAGGUUCUCAGACUAAAGGGCCCCUCUCCUCCCCACUUCAGCUGAGGUGGCCCUGGAGCAGGCAAGAACAUCCCAGGCAUGCUCCUUCCUCAGGCUUGGCCCACAGCCCCACAGGGGCUCC